CACUAGUAAGUGCCCAGUUCUCUUCUAUCCUCUCCCUGGCAUGAGGGUUAAGAUUAUGCUGUUUAUUUUCCACAUGCUGCUGCAGUGGAGAUGAGUCUUUGUGACAUACCACCUCUCCUGCUGAGCAUUCAUAGUGUUGUUUUCAAGACUGAAUAAAGAUCUGACUGCAGAUGGCAUUUACAAGCAGGACCACCCAGAACUACUCAGCAAACCUGGAUUAUUAUAUGGGUUCUAGUUCUUUUUUGCUGCCAUAUGACAACCUGUUUAACCACACAGACAUCAUUUGUGAAAAAGGUCACGCCUGGCAGUUUGCUCAAACUUUCCUGCCAGCAUUUUUCUGGAUUGUCUUCUCCAUUGGCACUAUAGGUAAUGCCUUAGUCAUCCUUGUCUACUGGAAAUACAGAUACAGAAAGAGCAUCACUGACAGAUACCUGCUGCAUCUGGCCAUUGCUGAUCUGCUCCUUCUUCUCACUCUCCCUUUCUGGGCAAAAGCAGCUUCAGAUGGCUGGAUCUUUAAGAAUUUCGUGUGUAAAAUUGUCAAUAGCAUGUACAAGAUCAGCUUCUACAGCUGUAUGUUUCUGACAUGCAUUGGUUUUGAUAGGUAUAUUACAAUUGUCAAGUCCAUGAAAGCUAAGAACUCUAAGCGAAAAAGGCUUCUGCACAGUAAACUAGUUUGCUUUGGUGUUUGGCUGACUGCAAUAGGCUUAUGCAUCCCAGAAAUAGUAUACAGUGAAUCUAAGCAAGUUAGUGAUGCAAGUAGUUGUAAGAUGGUAUACCCUACCACAGUUACCCAAACCAUCAAAGUUAUGGUCCUAGCUUUGAAAAAAAUCACAAUAGGAUUCCUCCUUCCUCUCUUUGUCAUGGUUACUUGUUAUGCUUUUAUAAUUCAUACCCUCUUUCAAGCGAAAAGAUCCCAAAAGCACAAAUCAUUAAAGAUCAUCACAGCUUUCCUCCUCUCCCAGUUGCCCUACAACAGCGUUUUGCUUGUCAAAACCAUCACCACCUACACCAGGGUAUAUGACUACAAAACCUCUGACAACAUUGACCUUGGAUUCCAGAUAACUCAGAGCAUUGCCUUCCUUCACAGCUGCCUGAACCCCUUCCUCUAGUUUGCUGGGGAGAGAUUCCGUAAAGCUCUCUUUAAAAUUCUGGAGGAUACAUUUCACUGCACUGGUAAGAGCCGAGAACAGAGCUCUUCCGUAUAUGAUAGCCAAAUGGGAGCUCAAAUCGGUCCUCUGCAUUGCUGGGACAGUAAGCUUCACCCAAAUUCCUCACUCACAUCCAACUGCUACCAUGUUCCUUUUGAAAUUAAUGGGAGUCUGGCUGGAGGAAUGCAGUGCUCUAUAAGUGAUUCUUCUUCCAUUCUGAGAGGAAAAAGCGAGAUCCCUCUCAACAGAGUGAAUUUGCAUGUUCACAUCACAAAGGGCUUGAUCCUGCAAAGUGCUGAGCAUUUUUAACUCCCACAGAAGUCAGUGAGAAUUAAGGGUGCUCAGCAUCUUCCCCUGAAGCGCUCAGUAUCAAGAUCAAGCCCUAGACUUUUGGCUGAAAGAAAGUGAAACUUUUGAAAAGAUGCAGAGGAAAUAAUGUGAUGCUGAUUGUAUACAGACUGAUAACAGAGGGGAUAAAAAUAUUUUAAAUUCAGAAUAAUUGUUCAUUUCACCAGAGCUACAGCAGAUUUACACCAGUAUAA